AUGGUGCCAACCCUGGGGGUAGGGGACGAGGGCCUGGGCUUAGGCGCGGUUUCGAGCCUGGGGGAGGGGAGCAUGGGCUCGGGUUCAGGCAUGGUCUUGAGCCUGGGAGAGGGGGGCCUGGGCGCGGGGGGGGAAGGGGAGGGGGCGGGGGCUGGGGUCGGACGUGGUCCCGAGCCUUGGCGGGGAAGGGGGGCCUGGGUUCGAGCGUGGUCUCAAUCCUUGGCGAGAGAAAUGGGGCCUGGAAGGCUCGGGCAUAGUCCCGAGCUUAAGGAGGGGGCGGAGCUUGGGCUCGGGCGUGGUCCUGAGCCUGGGGAGGGGGCGGGGCUUGGGCUCGGGCAUGGUCUCGAGCCUGGGCUGGGGCGUGGCUUGGGCUCGGGCAUAGUCCUGAGCCUGGAGGGAGGGCAGGGCCUGGACUCGGGUGUAGUCCCGACCCUGGAGAGGAGUGCGGGGCCUGGGCUCGAGCAUGGUCCCACGCCUGGACGGGGGAGGGGGAGGCGGGGGUCUUGA